CGCGCUGGGGCCGGCGGGACUCCCGCCAGUGGCCGGGGCGGUGUGUCCCCCUGGCCUGUCCCCCCGAGUUCCCGGGGUCCCUCUGAGAAAUGGGUUCCGGCUCGUGCCGGGGUGGGGGUCAGGGUCGUGCUCUUCCGUAGACCAGGUGGCGUCCAGGCUUCCUCUGCGGACUCAGUACCCUACGCCCCUGCAUGCGACGUGGGGGCCAUGGCUUUGGCGUCGGGGCAGCCCGGGCGCUCGGAGGGGCAGGUGCUGGGGGCAGUCCGACCCCAGGUGACCACUGACUGACUGAGUGGACUGGGCACUCGCCGUGCCAGACGCUGUGCAAGGCGCUCGGUGUGCCUUUCCCAGUCCUCCCGGCCGUCCAGGAGCACAUGACUUAGGAGUAACACUUUGUGACAUGGAGGAAUCUGCACUGACCCUCGACACAAUAGAUGUUUCUUACCUGCCAAGUUCAUCAGAAUACAGUGUUGGCCCUUGUAAGCAUGCAAGUGAGGAAUGGGGUGAAUAUGGUUUCAGAUCUACUGUCUUCAGAUCUGCAACUUUAAAAUGGAAAGAAAGCCUAAUGAGCCGGAAAAGGCCAUUUGUCGGAAGAUGUUGUUAUUCCUGUACUCCCCAGAGCUGGGAUAAGUUUUUCAACCCCAGUAUCCCAUCUUUGGGUUUGCGGAAUGUCAUUUAUAUCAAUGAAACUCACACGAGGCACCGAGGAUGGCUGGCAAGGCGUCUUUCUUACGUGCUUUUUGUUCAAGAGCGAGACGUCCAUAAAGGCAUGUUUGCCACCAAUGUGACAGAAAACGUACUGAACAGCAGUCGAGUGCAAGAUGCCAUUGCAGAAGUGGCUGCUGAAUUAAACCCUGAGGGCUCUGCUCAGCAGCAAUCCAAAGCCGUCAAUAAAGUGAGAAAGAGAGCCAAAAGGAUCCUUGAAGAAAUGGUCGCCACUGUCUCACCAGCAAUGAUCAGACUGACUGGAUGGGUGCUGCUAAAACUGUUCAACAGCUUCUUUUGGAACAUUCAAAUUCACAAGGGUCAACUCGAGAUGGUUAAAGCUGCAACCGAGAUGAAUUUGCCGCUUAUAUUUCUACCGGUUCAUAGAUCCCACAUUGACUAUCUGCUGCUCACCUUCGUUCUCUUCUGUCAUAACAUCAAAGCACCAUACAUUGCUUCGGGCAAUAACCUCAACAUCCCCAUCUUCAGUACCUUGAUCCAUAAACUUGGGGGCUUUUUCAUACGACGGAGGUUGGAUGAAACACCAGAUGGACGGAAGGAUGUUCUCUAUAGAGCUCUGCUCCACGGGCAUAUAGUGGAACUACUUCGACAGCAGCAGUUCUUGGAGAUCUUUCUGGAAGGCACACGCUCCAGGAGUGGGAAAACCUCCUGCGCUCGGGCAGGACUCUUGUCAGUUGUGGUAGAUACUCUGUCAACCAAUACCAUCCCCGACAUCUUGAUAAUACCCGUGGGCAUCUCCUACGAUCGUAUCAUCGAAGGUCACUACAAUGGCGAACAGCUGGGAAAACCUAAGAAGAACGAGAGCCUGUGGAGCGUAGCCAGAGGCGUCAUCAGAAUGUUACGGAAAAACUAUGGGUGUGUCAGAGUGGAUUUUGCACAGCCAUUUUCCUUAAAGGAAUAUUUAGAAAGCCAGAGUCAGAAACCUGUGUCUGCCCCGCUGUCUCUGGAACAAGCCUUGCUACCAGCUAUACUUCCUGCAAGACCCAAUGAUGCUGCUGCUGAAGGUGCCGAGCCGUCCCCUGAUGAGUCCAGCAACGAGACAGAGGAGUCGUUCCGGAGAAGACUGAUCGCGAAUCUGGCUGAGCACAUCCUCUUCACUGCUAGCAAAUCCUGUGCCAUUAUGUCAACACACAUCGUGGCCUGCCUGCUCCUCUACAGACACAGGCAGGGAAUCGAUCUCUCCACCUUGGUGGAGGACUUCUUUGUGAUGAAGGAGGAGGUGCUGGCCCGUGAUUUUGACCUGGGCUUCUCGGGAAAUUCUGAAGAUGUGGUCAUACAUGCCAUACAGCUGCUGGGAAAUUGCGUCACAAUCACCCACACCAGCAGGAACGAUGAGUUUUUUAUUACUCCCAGCACAACUGUCCCAUCAGUCUUUGAACUUAACUUCUACAGCAACGGCGUCCUGCACGUCUUUAUCAUGGAGGCCAUCAUAGCCUGCAGCCUUUACGCAGUCCUGAACAAGAAGGGUGCGGGCGCGCCUGCCGGUGGGGCCCCCACCCUGAUCAGCCAGGAGCAGCUGGUGCGGAAGGCGGCCAGCCUGUGCUACCUGCUGUCUAACGAGGGCACUAUCUCUCUCCCCUGCCAGACGUUUUACCAAGUCUGCCAUGAAACAGUGGGGAGGUUCCUCCAGUACGGCAUUCUCACGGUCGCAGAGCAAGAUGACCAGGAAGAUGUCAGCCCUGGUCUUGCUGAGCAGCAGUGGGACAAGAAGCUUCCCGAACCUUUGUCCUGGAGAAGCGAUGAAGAAGACGAAGACAGUGAUUUUGGUGAGGAGCAGCGAGACUGCUACCUGAAGGUGAGCCAAUCCAAGGAGCACCAGCAGUUCCUCACCUUCCUGCAGAGGCUGCUGGGCCCGUUGCUGGAGGCCUACAGCUCCGCUGCCAUGUUCAUCCAUAACUUCAGCGGGCCCAUCCCGGAGCCGGAGUACCUGCAGAGGCUGCACAAGUACCUCAUAACGAGAACAGAAAGAAAUGUUGCUGUCUACGCUGAGAGUGCCACGUACUGUCUCGUGAAGAAUGCUGUGAAAAUGUUUAAGGAUAUUGGGGUUUUCAAAGAGACCAAACAAAAGAGAGUGUCUAUUUUGGAACUCAGCAGCACUUUCCUACCUCAGUGCAACCGGCAGAAACUCCUGGAAUAUCUUCUGAGCUUUGUGGUGCUGUAAUAACGAGCGGCCGGCAGGUGAAGGGCGUGCACGAGCCCCUGGUGGGCUCAGCCCUUUAUGGCUCCAGGUGGGAGGUGCGUCCUGUGGCCAGGCCUGCCCUGCCCUGAUGUGGCCUCCUGGAAAGCAAGUGCCUUCUCCCCUCCGUGGGCCUGUGACCAUCCCGACUGAGGCGCACAGCGGCCCGCAGAUGACGCUCUGGGGGCCCCCAGCCUCCGCUUGCAGUUCCUAAUCAGUAGAUUACAAAAUGAAAUCUCAGAAAAGAUUUCGGAGCUUAUUAAAGAUUUACAUUUUAAGUAUAACUGUUAAGGACUAAUUACUGUGAAGGACGAAAAAAAUGUAGUUGUACUAGUAUUCUAGAACUGAAUCUUGUGUGAUAUUUAAUGCUGUCGGGGAAUUCAUUGGUAUAUUUUCUGAUUAACUGUUAAUCUUCCUUUAAAAAUAAUUGUCAACCCAAAGUGCUUUACAAAAGAAUGGGCAGGUGUACAUCACACCCAGGUAUCCCUGUGCUGGUCAGAUUGAGGAUGUGUUUUCAGAGCUACAUGAAAACACAGUGUUGGAUUAGGUCAGGGAUGGAGAUAACAUGGUCACAUAUCUGACACCAGGAAGUACCUUUCGCUGGCAGGAUUCAAGGUGAACUUGGCCAGAAAACUGACUUUGACAACUUUUGCGCAGCUAAAACCGUACCGCUGCGUUUAAAUGACCAGCAAGUAUUUAAGAAUGACUUCCGUUUCAUAGCUGUGUCCUACCCCCCCCCCCCCACUCGGGUGGUCCCUCCUCUCACAGGUACAGCUGUUUCUUGGGGAUCCUCCAUCCACGUAGCAGCUGUGCCGGCGUGGUUGGCUCAGCCUGGGAGACUUGUUGGCAGAAAGGGCUCUGGCUGAGGCUGCCGGCGCAGGGCUCCCUGUGCUGCACACAGCGUGUGCAUGAGCCUGGUCGGGGGCCUGGUACCACUCGGGGAGGGCAGUGUGCCACCCGUGCGGCCUUCGUAGUGGUCUGAUGCCUGGUGAAUGGUGGGAGACAUUUAUGGGUCUUUAGCUGUGAGGCAAAAUCAAGGUUCUUUAAAAAUUUAGCGAGUUAUAUGCCUCAAUCCUGAUGCCUCGUAGCAGCAAAUCAUGAAAACUUGUCUGUUCAUAAUAGAGGUGCCUUUUUAGUGAGUGGGGAGCAUAAGUGUUCAUUAAUUUUGGUAAUUUCUGGUGAUUUCUUAAAAAUGUGUUAUUAAAACAUUUUCUCACAGCUCAUUGUUCCUCCUCUCCAAGGUAUUAUGGGAUGAGGGACUCUCCUAAUGAAUAUUGCAUAUCGUCUUUGAAUUUAAUAUAGAAGUACUGAGAACGAAGUUUGUGCUUUCAUAAGCUUGGAUUUUAAACACUAAUCGUAUCUCAUGAAUAUUCUGUGUUUGGGAGAGGGAAGGGUACUGACUAAUAUUUCACUUUGAAUGAAAUAUCUCAUUUGGAACUCAUAGCAAUAAGGUUGUGCUGCUGCGACCUCCACUCUCCAUUCCGACCAUCCUUUCUUGGUAGGAACUCGUGUACCAUUCAGCUACCGUCAGUGUUGUCGGCUCCGGGGUGGAGUGUGGGCUUCACCUUGUGGCUUCUGUUUUACUAACUGGGCGUUCUGCGUCUGGGGGAACACACGGGGAGGCUUAGUUAUCCAUCCCCUUGGGUGCUCCCUAUGUAGGCCAGCAAACGUGUCGCUAGACUCUUGCAUUCCUCCCCUCCAUUAGCGAUCAAGGUUACUCAGACCGCCUCUUGCUUCUCCAGAAUGUCACAGUUGGCAGACUUCCUAGUGGCUGACGCUGCUGCCCUGCUUGUGAUUCUGCUAGAGCCGCGGCCGGCCAGCCCAAGCAGGGAUCACGGCUUCGGCUUCUCUGGUUCUGUUUUCCCUCUCGGUUGGUUCGAUUUCUAGGAAUCUAAUCAGAUGCUUUGGGGAAUGCAAUGUGUGGUUCACUAGCUCCCUGGCCACUCAGCUCGGUGAGAAUAAAUAUGCAUGCUUUUUUGUAAUUAACUGGUGCUUCAAACCCUUUUUAAGGAAGAAAAAUCUCAACCAAAGUUACGCUCACCCAGGCAAGCUGACCCUCAUGUUGUUUAGCACAACCCAUUCUUCAGGGCCUCGUUGCGAGAACACCCACAUCAUCACAGUAAGGUUUCCGGUUUUGCUUAGAUUUAUUCUCAUUGUUUCCCAGAAGCGGAUGGCGUCCAUGUACGAUUAAACAAACUAGGUGCUUGUAAAUAAUUUAUUACAGUUUACUCUGCAUUUCUCUGAACCUGAAAUGCAUGCCCUCCAGGGAAAGGCUGUGAGUCAAAUUACAAAACAAACAAACAAAAAAUCCCCCAAUAAUAAACAAUAUGAAACUGCACUCUUUCAAAAUGAGACUGUCCCAAGUCAUUCAGAAAAAGGGAGGGACUUUUUGAUCUCCCACAUUUUAAGACAAAGAGAAAGAACUAGAGGGGAAUGUGUGGGACUAGCAACAGAAACACCAUGAGCCUCCCUUGUGAGGUCGAGCCAAGGGAAUACCUGGGAAAGGCUGGGAAUGCAGGAGCGUGUUCUGGGAUGUCCGGGGUGUUCUGCAGAAGAAGGUGUCCCUGGGAAAGCAGGUCUGGCCGUGGGUCCUCUUUCCUGGGAACUCCCUGUGCACUCAGCGCAGUGAAGGCGCAGGGUCUGCGAGGACGCAGCCUUUUUAACCAGCAUCUCCAAACUCGGGACCCCAGGACCCUUUCCCCUUCAGGACAUCGGUGAACCGCUCACUGGUUCCCUCUGGAAAACAUUUUGGGAAACACUAGGAUGGGCAGAUCUUUAAGGAGAUAGAACAGUAACUGACCGGGCAUUGAGCAUGAACUUGGUGUCAGGUAUUACAUUUAGUGGCUAUUUCCUCCCCUAUUGACCAUCAGCACAGAAAACUAAAGUGGUCAGGCCCUGUCCUUCGAUGGGAAGAUCAGCCGUCAGCGAUCCUGGGUUUUUCACUGAAAGUAGCGAAAUUAACAGCGAUUAACUGGGGUAAGAUUUUCAUUCAGAUUUAGAAAAAAAAAAUUGCACAAUUGAAUGUAGAUUUUUAUCCACAGAUAGUUCUAGUGUUUAGAAGUGACAGAACCUAUGACCGAAGUUUAUAAAACUUACUUUGGAUGUAAAUCUGCUUUUUUAAAACACUCUUUUUAGGGACUGGAGACUUGGCAUCUGGCAUUUUAUUUUAAUACAAACUAAUGAUUGCAUUUGAAAGAGACUUUUGACUUUCUUUCUAAACACCUGAAGCUCAGAAAUGCCCUGAGGGAAGGUAUUAAACUGUGUGCCUGUUGUACAAAGAAACAUUGAAUUGUAAAAGGAAUUACUCUCACUGUGAAAUAACACUGUGUGAUUUUGUGAGCAACAUUUAUUUGGAAACAUUAAUUGAUUUUUAUGCCUGUUAAUAAUGUAUUGUAAGAAGCACAGAAUUGUAGUUUUGUUUUAAUAAACCAAAAAAAAAUAUAUA